AUGACAAACUUUGUUCAGAUGGCCGCGACUGAUGCUCCUCAGCAUAAUGCACGUGUCUACAUUCUUGCAAUAGUUACUUCAAUGGGUGCCUUCCUCUUUGGAUAUGAUCUAGCAUUCAUUGGGACAUCAAUUGAACUAGCUCCAUUCCAAAGGGAUUUUGGACUAGAUGGCUCAUCUGAGGCAACUCAAAAUGCCUUCGCGGCAAACAUUGUGUCGCUUCUACAAGCGGGAUGUUUCUUCGGUUCUUUGGCAGCAGCACCCACUGGAGAUAAGCUGGGCCGUCGCGUAGCCUUGGCUAUUGGUGCCGUUGCUUUUAUUGUUGGAUCCAUCAUGCAAACAGUAUCCGCCGGCAACAAGGAUAUUAUGUUUAUGGGGAGAGUUAUUGGCGGCGUUGGUGUUGGCUUUGCCAGUAUGCUCGUGCCUUUAUAUACAGCCGAGUGCGCACCGCCCAAGAUUCGAGGUAGACUUGUUGGAGUCUACGAGAUCGGUGUUCAACUCGGUACUUGUCUGGGAUUCUGGAUAAAUUUCGGUGUCAGUCGCAAUAUGGCACCAACUUCUGCUCAGUGGAUGACGCCCUUUGCAUUGCAGCUUAUUCCUGGCGGGCUACUUUUGAUUGGAUUAAUCUUCAUGCCGGAAUCACCUCGAUGGAUAGCGAAAAAAUAUGGGAGAUCUCGGGCUAUCGAAACUCUUUCGAAAUUGCGUCGUCUUCCUGCUGACCACGAACUGGUUCAAGAAGAGGUUAGCGAUAUCCUCCAUCAGCUCGAGAUCGAAUUUUCCAAUAGUCUUGGAAAUACCCGUGCCGCUUGGAAGGAGGUGAUGGAGCCUGGACUCCGGAACCGCGUUUUCCUUGGAGUAGUGAUUAUGAUCUUCUUCCAGAUGUGCGGAUCGAACAGCAUCAACUACUACUCCCCUCGGAUCUUUAAAUCGAUCGGCUUGCAGGGAACAGAAGCAACUCUGGUAUCGACGGGAAUCUACGGGAUUGUACGAUUGGUAGCAGUCUUUAUUGCGAUGUACUUCGUUGUCGAUCGCUUUGGAAGAAAGUCAAUGCUGAUCUGUGGAAGUAUUAUGGCCGCCAUCUCAAUGUGGCUCAUUGGUGCAUUUGUCAAAGUCCAAAGUCCAAGUACCAACUCCGACACCUCUCUUAGUGGAACUUCUUAUGCUGCGGCAGUCUUUAUCUUUGUCUUUGCUGUAUCAUUCUGUUUCAGCUGGGCCGGUAUUCCGUGGGUAAUCUGUUCUGAGAUUUACCCUUUGCGUGUGCGCGGUUUGUGUAUGAGCAUCUGUGUUGCGACACAUUGGUUGUUCAAUUUCGUCAUUGCGAGAAGCACGCCGUACAUGAUCUCAAACAUCGGCUAUGGGACUUACUUUGUCUUUGCUGCGUGCAUUACCUUGUCUGUACCGUUUGUUUGGUUCAUGAUUCCAGAGACGAAGGGAAUGAAGCUUGAGGACGUGGAUGCUCUUUUCGAGGGGCGAGGACUGAUUCCGAGGAUGAGAAUGAACUCUAGUACACAGGAGGAUGUUGAUGAGAAGGGUGUGAUAGAGCAGGUUGAACAUGUUUAA